AUGCCGACGACAGACUCCGACGAUCUACGCAAAAACCACGAGCUGACGGGGCAGCAAAGGCCGAUGCGACAUGAACCUACAUCGAAUGACGAGAAGCGGCUCUUCCCUUCCUAUGUAAAGAAGAACGGUGGCGUGCCGAUCGUACCGGGGCAGACCGUUGCUACGACGAAGAAGACGAAACCGGGACAGCAGUACUCAAACAAACCUGUCGACCGGAUAUCGCAGAAUUCAAAGCAAAGCGGACCGUUUUGUGCGCGGGGAAAGAAGCCGAAUGCUCAGAAGGAUUAUUUAACCAAGGCAAUUGACAACGCAGCGUCACGCCUCCAACACGCUCCUACCUUCGAAGCCUCCAACAGACCUGCUAAACGCCAACGUCGCGAUUCCCAACGAGCGCAUAAUAAUGUUUCCAGCCUCUCGGAUAAUGACGACGUGAUGGAGCAAAUCGCACCGAUUUCAAGCACACCUCCAAUGCCCGAACCUUCAUCGCCCACGUCUCCAUCGAGAAAGCAAACAAAAAACCGCGUGUGGGAGCCUAGUGAGGAUACGAUUCCAGAGUCUGUUCCACCCGAUAGUGACCAUGAUGAGCUUUUUACGGAGAAUGCGGCCAAGGAAAGACAUUCUUCUGCGUCGGACAUCAUCGCAUUCCAUUCUAAGGGUCUGAACCAGGCUCCCCGGCCGGGAAUUCUACAAAGCGUCGAGAUCCAAGGACCGAAAGUUGCCCCGAAAAUGAAAUCGACUGCAAGUCCUUCCGCCUCAAAUAGGAGGCGAAGCUCGUCCGACAGCUCGGAUGAGUUACAGGGUGCGGUAACCGUUCGACCAGUGCCAUCUACUUUGCCGCUUCGUAAGGAAGACGUCAGCAGCGCAUCCUACCUGAGGUCAUCGCCCUCCGAUAUUCGCUCAACAACAUUUUCGCCCAGUGGGUCAGAAAACAAGAAGAGUCGUAAAAAGAGGAGGAGGGGUCAACACGAACAAGGCCAUCGGUUGGAUGGACCCAGUCGGUCAUUCGAAGCAUCUCAAGUUCAAUUUGGCUCGGUCCAGCUACGCCCGUCAAGCGAAAAGGCUGUUGAAGUAAAUCUUGACGCUACUCAUUUAUGGGUUGUUGGGAAUACACCUGAGUCGUCGAUAAAACAAGAAAUUCUUUUAAACAAGAUCAUGCAGGUUAUUUACGGAGAAGACACGAGUUGUAAAAUUCGUCUAGGGCUGUCGAAGAUGGAAGGGCAGUGUAAUCAUAUGGAUAUCGAACUAAUAACGCCGGAAGUUAAGGACGAGCUAUUUCACUUGUUGCAGGGUCUUCGUAUCAAGAUCAAACGCAAGCCAAGUGAAUGGAUGGACCGCACUUUCAAGAACACCGAAAGGGAAUUUGCCUGCUUUUCCAAUAAGUUAAAGCGUCCUAGUAUUGACAGCGUCUCUGAGUCGAUUCCUGAACCAGAGACAGAGACGUCCAAGCGCUCGAAGAUUUCCGAGUCUCUCCAAGUUGACGAUAGAACUAUUGCACCUUUGAAUGAUGCCGACGAACACCCUACCAAGUCCCCAGAUGUUCCUACCGAUGAGCGUAUCGGGUCUGAUGACACCGCUCACGCUCAUCCUACGAGAGUGAGCACGAGUAACUCGAUCGAAAUCCCCGUUAAGAUAUAUUCGCCUCCAGACCCCCCAAUCAAUCGGCAAACAAGAUCAACAAUGCUUCGCGCAGACCCAGAACCGGCCACAGUCAUAUGUGACGACGACGAUGACGAAGCAAACGACUUUGUACCGCAGCCGUCUGCUAGGACAUUUGCGAAAUGGGAAAGGUCACUUUUGUACCCGCGCUUCGGCAAGAAAAAGGCUGAAGUGGAUGCUCAGGAUUGUGAGCGCCUUCGCUCCGAUGAAUUCCUGAACGACAAUCUCAUAGGGUUCUAUAUGCGCUUCUUGGAAGAUCAUCUGGAUCGCACCAACAAAGCGGCUGCGAAGCGGGUUUACUUUUUCAAUUCUUAUUUUUACGCGACGCUCACUAAUAAUCCCAAGAACAGGAAGGCCAUCAACUAUCAGGGCGUUCAGAAGUGGACUCGAAGUGUGGAUAUCUUCAGCUAUGACUACAUUGUCGUUCCCAUUAAUGAGUCUGCGCAUUGGUAUGUUGCUGUCAUAUGCAACUUGCCUAAUCUGCAGAGGAUUUUGAAGGGAACUCCGGAGGCCGACAAGCCACUUUCCAAUGAUAGCCAAGAGCCUUCCUCUCAGCCUGGAGGUGAGGUCCGGGCGGUUCCAGACAUGCCAGCGUCUAGUCAAGAAGUUGCGCAAGGACAAGGAGGGCCAGAAGAACAGAAAGCGAACCCCGAGCCUGCCAAGGAAGAAAUGGCACGGCAAUCAAUGGCCGCAAUGACACUGCAUGACAAGAUGGAGACCAGCGGCAGACCAGCGCAAGAGACUCCUGCUUCUGAUGAAGACUGGCCCGAGAAAGAGGAGAACCCGGAUCCAUCUCCCGUGAGAUUUACCAGCCCUCCCAAAACACGGAGUGGCGCUCAGCAAACUUCAGAAGACGCAUCGAAACCCACAGCGUGGUCUCAGAAGUCAAAAAAGUCAAAGAAGAAGUCGCGUGGACCACGUAACGCGCGAGACGCCCGGGAUCCAGUAAUAAUCACCUUCGACUCGUUAGACCUGGCCCGGUCGCCUACCAUCAGAAAUCUGCGUCAAUAUUUGUCCGAAGAAGCCAAGUCCAAGAAGGGAAUCUCUAUCGAUACUACGUUGGUUGGUGGCAUGCGGGCUCGCUCCAUCCCAUUACAAUCCAAUUACUCAGAUUGUGGGUUAUAUCUGUUGGCGUAUGUGGAGAAGUUUGUUCAAGAUCCGGAUGGGUUCGUGUCGAGAUUGCUUCGAGGAGAGAUGGAUCAGCGUACGGAUUGGCCUCCUUUGUCGUCCGGUGUUCUACGCCAGCGUCUGCGCAAGUUCCUCGAUGACCUUUACGAUGAACAAGAGCAGCUUAACCGUGAGGGGCUGGGCGAGAAGCGCGUGAUGGCAGAUAUGCGGCCGAUUUCUUUCUUGCUCGGGGAGUGGGAACCAGAGCCUGCGAGGGAAGAAGACAAACCCGAUACGGACGCGCCUCAGACAAGGCUCUCAUUACAGCCAGAGAAGGCCUCGUCACAGCCGGAAAAGACGACUCAACUCUUUCCAUUAUUUCUUCCUCCCCUGGAACCUGAGAACCAUCCAGAAAAGGCCCCCGAGACCAAGGCCUCAGUUACAGGUCCUUUUCAACCUCCGUCUCUAUCCUUAUCUCCCGGAACUUCUACCCGCACUGGGAAACACAAAGGAGCCCGUAUGCCAGAAGCCGUGCAAUCUGUGCACGACAAACUCACUCAACCUGCGGAACAAAAAUCUGACGGAGACACAGUCGAAGUCCCCGACAGUCAAGAGCCAGAACAUGGGACUUUGGAUCUCACGUCGCCGCAGAAGAAAAUCGGUGCACAGCCACCGGUCCCCGGGCCGGAGAAGAAAGAUGACAAUGCCGUUACCGUCGAUGACGAUAAUGUCGCCGUGAAAGCGAGCCCUCCUGCUCCUUCGAAUGAUGGAAAGAAGGAGAAGGAGAAAGAGGCUGAGGUGCAAAUUAGUGGAACGCCCCCACCGCCUCCAGUGGAGACGAAGUCUACUAAGAAGAAACGCAAGAAGAUAGUGGGGGAAUUGGGAGUAUUGUAG